GCAGCGUCUCCAUCAGAGAUCUCACUUUAGCUUCGUCUAGAACUGACACAAACGGUCUAAUCAACACCGAUACUGGCACAUCAUGGACUUCAGCAAUAUGCUUACUGUGGAUAGAUGUCAGCUGGUCAUCUGUCAUUGAGAUCCGUCUUUGACAUUCCAGGAACCAAUUUUUCGGAAAAUAUAAAGUAGGACAACUAGCACCUAACGACAGUGAGCUAAGUGUGUCGCCCUUGAAUAUUGCAAUUGCCAAAAUCAAUAUAGAGGUACAAGUUUGCAGGUGUAGAGAAAGCAAAAUGUGUAUGACAUUGUGAAAUCUUCAGGAAAUAAAAAAAAUGACUUAACUUGUGCGGGAAACAUCUUGAAGAUGGCAGAGGCUUCAGAACCCAUACAACGAGGAGUGGAAGUGAGGAAGUCUAAAAAAUCUGUCAUCUGUUCAUUUGUUCGAUUUAUGAACAGGACACAGCGAGGUGUGGACAUUGUAUGGUUGAAUUAUGAAGGAGCAAGGGUUAAAUUCAAGACUCUCUCUGCCUAUGAAUUUGUGGACGUGAACACUUAUGUGGGGCAUCCAUGGAUAUUUUUAGAUAUGGAAACUGGUGAGAGACUUGUUGUAAACUUGAAAUCUGUAUAUGAGCCUACAACAGGAUGGGUACCAGGCCAUUGGCCACCAGUCCGAAAAGUCGUUAACAUAACCAUACCCAUUUACUCUCUAAAGGACUCCUGCAUAAGGUUUUUUAGGAGGCACCUCCCCAAAAAAAAUAUUAACAAACUAGAUAUGCCAAGUUCUUUGUUGCAAGAAAUGUAUGAGAGAUAUGACACACCAGCUAUAACAAGUGGACUUAGAUCAUCUGCAAGAGUGAUGGCCCCUUCCAACCCAGAAGAAAGGGACCCAUAAUAGAACAAAGGGACCAUAAAUGCUGAAAACUGUGUGAAAAUUUUUGUAUAUUCUAAACACAUGUAAAGUUCAGUAGCGCUACAGAUAAUACUUGCAUGCAGAAUAUGUGUUGAAGAAUAACCAUUUUCUCUCAGAUCGAUUAAUUAAUAUUUAACUCCAUUGGUUUUCAACAUUUGCAACCAUUUCCAUCAUUACACUGCCAUUAAUCAUGGCAGUUAAUAUAAAUCUCUACAGGUACAGUGGAACACUGGGGUUAGAAUAGACAUGUUGGAUUAUGUAUUAACUGGGUAUUACUAUAACCCUCUUCAUUGUUGAUUGUGAAAGUAUUGUUAACUGAUAAUAAAAAGUAUUUAAAAUAGACA